AUGGCAACUGACCUCGAGGUUGUAGCGAUUUCUCAGCUUCAGUCUCGACAUGGCACGAGGCCGGAGUACCCUGAAAAACUGAAAGCGCAAGCUGUUCCCUUCAAUCCAAAUCAUCCACCUGCUGCCUUUCCAUCUCUUCCCUUCACAACACAACAACCAUAUCAAUCUCCCAUUCACCUACCUUCACUUUCUGAAACAUCUGCUGACAAGGCUGGCCCUGAUGCCGUUGAGGGGCGCGAUGCUGUAUCGUCCUCCGAAGAGCGUCUUGCCACUCCCACCACGUCCGAACUGAUUACUCUUGAUAUUGACGAUGAUGAUGGAGAUUCUCCCGAUAACAAUGGCAGUAAAGAUCCGCAGGACCUGCACUGUAGUGGAAGACGGCCCUCGACAUUGGAAGACGGCGUGUUUGGUACAGAGGAUUACCAAACGCCAUCAUGGAACUCACUUGCCUUGUCUCUACAAUACCUUAUCUACACAAGCCUCUCAGAAAAAUACUCUCAAGGGCCAUUACACGCCGCUCUAGGGCUGACUGAGCUUGAAGCGAAGGGAAUCCAGGAAUUCGUGGAGCUCCGCAAAAACGAUUCAGCUUCUCUGGACGAGAUAUGGAAGGAUUGUGUCAAGAAUAGCGACCCUGUACCUGGACUUCCCGAGUCACAGACCUGCAUUGCUCCAGAGGUACUCCAUGCGUCUAUGGAUCGCAUGUUAUUCGCCAGCAACUAUGAAUUCGCCCAUGAAUAUGAAUUCCACCAGGCAGCGGCCUUCCUCUGGUAUCGCUCGCUUCCGGUGGAUUUGCUUGGUACAUGGAUACCCGACCCCGAUGAGCAGGAGGAUCUAAAGGCCAAUUCAUCCUUACCGAAACUCCAACGUAUGUUCAGAAAACGUGACGAUUCCAAGGACAAGACUCAGCCUGACUCUGGCUGCUCUGUCGCCAGCCAUGGUCCGAAUAAUAGCAACAAAGACCGCCAUCAAGUUGGAAAAGGGGAACUAUCCACAGUGGAGGAGGCUGUUGGAGACCUCUCUGCUGUUCAAGAGCCCCAAACUCCACCAAACGUUGGCAAGGUCCCCAAACAGCCGAUUCGGAUCAAGCUGAAACUCAAACUCCCUGGUCCCAAGGUAUUGAAAAAGGCUCCUGCUCCCAAGUCUGCAAAGAAACAGUCCGGUCCUAAAGCAAAGAAGAAACAGGGCCGUCAUCCUCUGGCCACUGUCACGGUGCCGGAUCCAUCGCCAAGUCCGCCACGAAGUGUUCGCAAGAAGACGAAAACCAAGAACACCGCUGUCAAAAAGAAAGUGAAGACUCGUGCUGCAACACACAGACAGGGCCAGACGCCAUGCCGCCCGGAGGCCUCCCGCGAGAACACCUCUGCCACCUCUGCGCGUGCGCACACAACAACUGCGUCUUUAUCUGACAUAACCACCACUUACGGUCAAGUUGCUAGGAAAUCGAACUUUGACCCUAAAAUGCCCUUGUUGGGCAGGAGACUACUCAUAGGCGAUUCUAGAGGCUCAAUCAUGGCAUCAUCAAGAGACGAAGAAUCCGCAGCAGUUUCGACCGAUCAUUCUCAAAGCCGCAGUUCGAUGCUGUCCAAAGGCCAAGGACCUCCUCCCACAAACGCUCUGAAGCGAAGAGCUUCGCAGCCCAAUAUUCGUCUCAGUCCUCCGCAGGUUCGACGAACUUCAGCCAGACUGAGCCUGAAGACUGCUCCCGACAGCCGCAUCGAUACACCCGUUAACGUCGACCUCAUUCUGGCUGAAGCGAAGAAGUCACAGAGCUUGGAGGUUGAGCAACUGCGAGGAACAGGAGACAUGGAUACCUCUACCAAAGAUAACGACGUGUCAAUGAGCAUUGAAUCUCCCUCAGGUCACGCAGGCUUCCCUCACAGCGUCGAAGAGAAUAAAGCCAAUCUACCGGGCUCACCAAUAAGACCAUCCUAUCCGCCCAUCACCGCCCCAGGUUCGCCGAGGACGCCCUCAUUCAGCCCCAUAGAGAACGCACAUUUGCCAGAGUUCCAAGCACUGCUUCGAGGUCCAGGUGCACGAAAGCUGCGAACCAGACCCCCAUCGUUCUCUCCCAUUUCCGAGAACGAACACUUGCCAGAGUACCAAGCACUGCUUCGAGGGCCGGGUGCGCGAAAUCUACGAGUCAAAGCACAAGACACCAAGGGCGGAAUAAAGGGAUAUUGGACUGCGACAUCCUCAUUGAACAAAGCGCAGCACGACACUCCUACUGCGGAUCCAGAAGCAAAAACCGAGCCUAUUCCUAAGAAAUCAGAGACUCCAGGAAGUGCCGAGGAUCUGGGCGAUGGCACCGAGUCUGAUGCUCCCCAUGAUGGAGGCAAGGAAGAUCUGACGCCUUCAAAGCCAACGGACAAGGACAAGGACGAGUCAAGAGAUGGAACAGUCAUUGCAGAGACCGCAGCCGCAGCCGCAGGCACUAGGUCUAGAGCGAAGAGUCUCACGACCCCUCCGAAGAAGGCCACACCGCAGCCCAAAUCCACCCCUGCGAAGAGAGCCCCAAGACGUUCGUUCAGAAAGACCCGGGAACGCUUGGAGAGGGUAGAGCAGGCGCAGAAAGUGAGCAUCAAGGCUCGCUUGAGAUCCAGGAAAUCAACCUGA